AUGAUCCUCAACUAUCCGCCCCCGACGUUGAUCGGCUACGGGAAGAACCUGCCCCAGGGGUCGCACGAUUACGAGGGCAUGGUGGAACGGAUAUCGGGCAUCUACAAGUUCCUGGCAUACACCCCGCACGUGCAUGACAACGACUUCGUCUUGAUCGUGGACGGAAACCAUGACUUUUUCUUCCAGUUGCCGCCGGAGGUCAUGAUCCAUCGGUUCCAGGACCUGCUGCGAGAGAACAAUGCCAAGCUGCAGAAGAAAUACGGCCUGAUCAACGUGGAACGGCCAUCCCGGACGGGUAGUACAAGUGCGGCUGAAACGAUGCAGAAGUAUUCGCAACGAGUCCUCUUCAGUGCCAGCAAGGAAUGUCUGGCCAGCCUGUCAGAUGACGCGGGAUGCGUCUCUGUGCCACAAUCUAGCCUGCCGCCGGACGUGUAUGGCUGGAAGACCGACGCGCACUCGCAAGGCCAUCUCAAUCGGCCGCGCUGGAUUAAGCCCGGCGCCUCGAUCGGCCAGGUCGCGGACCUGAAGCUGAUUUACGCGGAGAUGAUGCGAUUCGUGGAGCAGCACCGCAAUGUCAAAGGCGACUACGUGGCGCUGACCCAGAUGUUCGGGCGACAGGAAUACGUGCGCGAGCUGGAACGACUCCGGACGUCAAGCGCGGUCAAGGAAUGGCUCUACCACAUGAUCGGCAUCUCGGAGGCCACCAAUAUCACCAAAGUACGCCCUCGUCUGGAAACCGGACAACGGUACGAGUACGGCAUCGGAGUCGACUAUGAAUCGCGGAUCUUUUUCAACGGCUUCAACUCGAAGAAGGACGUCGAAUGGCUCCAAUACUUCAACAUCUCCAAGACCUCCGCCGUGCAGAUGCAGCAUGGCGUUCCGCGCGAGCACCGCCUGAUGAUCCCGCCUGACCUCUCCCCGGAGAAACUCAGAAACCCCUUCAUCCAGCCCAAAUUCGGUAAGGACGAAUGGGUCAACCCGCCAUUGAACGGCACGCUCGAUGCGCUGCCUAACCCACGCAACCACACCUGGCUCAAUCUCACUCUGCUGACCAACGUGCACUCCGCCUCCGUCCCGGCGCUGUUGCACCUAGACGGCGACCCAUUGUUGAAAGACCCCUGGUGGGCGAAGAUGUGGUUCCACAAGUGGGCGCGCGCCCUUCUGCGCAAGUACAUGCGCGCGCCGACGGGAUUUGACGCCGCGCAGUCGGCCAUGCUAGGCGGCCAGGACUGGUGGGAUCUCCGUGGCGGCAAGGGCGGCAUUUGGACCGAUAAGGGCGAGUGGAAGGAUUAUGCUGAGGUGUGUACAGGCUACGAGAGAGAUGUCUUUGACGAUGAUCUCGGAAAAUGGGGUAAGGAGGGCGGAGAUGACGACGAGGAGCCUGUGUACAACCAAUUCGGCAAUUUGAUCAAGGGGAAGGAGAACUAG